AUGGCCGAACCAACUAUCAACACAGAGCCUGACCUAGUACCAGAUGAGCAGUCUGAAGAAGAGCAUGAUUCGUCGAUUGGAUCGCUGAUGAUUACAGAGUAUAAUCUUCCUAAUGACGACGUCGAGAAGGAGAGGCUCGAUCUACAGCAUAAUCUCUUCAUCUUAAUGCUCAACAACAAACUUGGCCUUGCGCCUCCGAAUAAUCCUGAUUCUAAGGCCAAGCGUGUUCUUGACGUUGGCACCGGGACAGGAAUAUGGGCCAUCGACUACGCUGACGAACAUCCUGAAGCAAAAGUGAUCGGCGUCGACCUCUCACCAAUUCAGCCUGAUUUUGUUCCUCCGAACGUGGAGUUCUUUAUCGAUGAUAUCGAAGAGCCGUGGAACUUCUCUGAUCCGUUCGACUAUGUUCACAGUCGAAUGAUGACGUUUAGCAUCAAGAGCUGGCCGAACCUUGCGAGCAGCAUUUAUGACAAUCUUGUUCCGGGUGGCUACGUGGAGCUUCUCGAAAUUGACCUGUUCGCUCAUUCAGACGACAACACCUUAACUGAGGAUCAUCAUCUCUCCAAGCUUAUCCACCUUCUUGACGAAGCAUCUACCAAGAUUGGUCGCCCAUUUCAGGAUAAUAAAAAGAACAAGAAUAUUCUGCGCGAUGCAGGAUUUGUGGACAUCGUAGAGACGGUUUUUAAGUGGCCGACGAACCGCUGGCCUCUGGAUAAAAGGUAUAAGGAGAUUGGUGAGUGGAACAAUCUCAACAUGGAUAGUUUCAAGGGUCUUGAGGCGCUUUCCAUGGCAGCUUUGACAAGAGUUCUGGGGUGGACACAGGAAGAGGUUACGGUCUUUUUGGCAAAAGUCAGAAGGGACCUGAAUGACAGAACCAUUCAUGCUUAUUGGCCGGUAUACUCAACUUAUGGAAGAAGACCUCUCGCCUGA